UCUUCGUUUUACGCCAACAUCUGAAGAGCGGCGGCUAACUUAGCCAGUUUAUUAAUGUGAUUAACAAACAUUUUAUUGAAAUAAAACCUCAACAACAGAGCUUAACUUGGAAUAGUUAGUGCUGCAGGCAGUGCCUACCAUUUAAGGAAUACAUUAAAUACGACACUGACUUGGCAAAAUGGUGAAGAAGAGCGUGACCGGCUAUUGGCUGUCCAUGCUGAUGCUGUGCAUCAUUGCAUUUAAUACGCACAGCGUUCAAUCGGCCGCCGUCAUGUCCGUCGAUCUGGGCACCGAAUGGAUGAAAGUGGGCGUCGUGUCUCCCGGUGUUCCCAUGGAAAUCGCCUUGAAUCGUGAAUCGAAGCGCAAAACGCCGGCAAUUCUCGCUUUUCGCGACGGCGUACGCACCUUUGGUGAGGAUGCUCAAACGAUUGGCAUACGUGAACCAUCGGCGGCUUAUGGUUAUCUCCUUGAUCUGCUUGGCAAGACCAUCGAUAAUCCCGUUGUGGAUCUCUACAGAAAACGCUUUCCGUAUUACACGCUGGUGGGCGACAAGGAGCGCAAUACGAUCGUGUUCAAGAAGAGCGACACGGAGGAGUUCAGCGUGGAGGAGCUGAUUGCCCAAAUGCUGGUCAAGGCCAAGGAAUUUGCCCAGGAAUCGACACAGCAGCCAAUUGCCGAGUGUGUGCUCACAGUGCCCGGCUAUUUUGGCCAGGCGGAGCGUGAGGCUCUCCUGGUUGCGGCCCAAUUGGCCAAUCUGAAGGUGUUGCAGCUGAUCAACGAUUAUGCGGCCGUUGCCCUCAACUAUGGUGUGUUCCAUCGUGCCGAGAUUAAUGAGACGGCACAGUAUUUCUUAUUCUAUGAUAUGGGCGCCUAUAAGACAUCGGCAGCUGUUGUCAGCUAUCAGCUGGUUAAGGAUAAGCAGACAAAGGAAACGAAUCCUGUGGUCCAAGUGCUUGGUGUUGGCUAUGAUCGUACCUUGGGUGGCUUGGAGAUUCAGCUGCGAUUGCGCGACUAUUUGGCCAGUGAGUUCAAUGCGCUGAAAAAGACCAAAACGGAUGUGACGACCAGUCCAAGAGCGUUGGCCAAACUGUUCAAGGAGGCGGGUCGUUUGAAGAACGUCCUAUCGGCCAACAAUGAUCAUUAUGCACAGAUUGAGAAUCUGCUGGAGGAUCACGACUUUAAGCUGCAGGUGACACGCGAGAAAUUGGAAGAACUCUGCGCCGAUUUAUGGCCAAGAACGACAAAGCCAUUGGAGGACGCAUUGGCCACAUCAAAUCUAUCGCUGGAUGUGAUCACUCAGGUGAUACUGUUUGGCGGUGGCACACGUGUGCCCCGCGUACAGGAGACAAUCAAGGAGCUGAUCAAACAGGAGCUGGGCAAGAAUCUAAAUGCCGAUGAAUCGGCCACAAUGGGAGCGGUUUACAAGGCAGCCGAUUUGUCCACCGGCUUUAAGGUGAAAAAGUUUAUCGUCAAGGAUGCUGUGCUGUAUCCAUUGCAGGUGGCCUUUGAGCGUGAUCCUGGAGAUGGUGCCGCUGUCAAGCAUGUGAAGCGCGCUCUGUUCGCCCUGAUGAAUCCGUAUCCACAGAAGAAGGUCAUCACCUUUAACAAGCACACGGAUGACUUUGAAUUCUUUGUCAACUAUGGUGAUUUGGAGCGUUACAGUGCCGAGGAGAUUGCUGCCAUUGGUAGCUUAAAUAUAACACGUGUCCAGCUGCAACAGGUCAAGGAACUGCUGGAGAAGUCCAAGAAGGAUAUGGUUGACAACAAGGGCAUCAAGGCGUACUUCUAUCUCGAUGAUUCUGGCAUCUUCCGUUGCACGGGCGUUGAGUAUGUGUUCGACAAGCAAAAGUUGGAUGAGGAACUGGAUGAGGAUAGCACACUGGCCAAACUGGGCAGCACCAUUAGCAAGCUGUUCACCAAAGAAGCCGAAAAGGCAUCAUCCACCAACGAGGGCGGUGAGCAAGCAGCUCCUGAAGAGGAAUCUAGCGAGGAGUCAGCCAAAUCCAAGGACGCCAAGGAUACCAAGAAAUCCAACGAUAACGCCAACGACAGCGAGCAAACAUCAAGCAAAACCGAUGAAGCCGAUGCCAAAGCGGAUCAAGUCAAGAAUGAAACUCUCAAGCUGGUCACCGUCAAAUCUCCCGUGGUGCACAAGACGCAGCUGCAGUUUACGGCUCCGCUAAGCGGUACCGGCUACGACAGUUCCAUGGCAAAACUGCAGGCGAUCAACAAGGUUGAGGAGCAGCGUGUUCGUUUGGAGUCCGCCUUCAAUGCCCUCGAAUCGCACAUCAUUGAGGUGCAACAGAAGCUGGAGGAGAAGCCCUAUGCCGACUGUGCCACAGCCGAAGAGAAGGAGAAACUGCUUUCCGAAUGCAGCAAGCUGGCCGAGUGGCUCUACGAGGAUGUGGAGAAUCCCAAGGCGGAACUAUACGAAGAUAAACUGGAGAAAUUGCAAAAGCUAUCAAAUGUAUUCCUCGCACGUCAUUGGGAGCACGAGGAACGUCCGGAUGCGAUUAAGGCGCUCAAGGGCAUGAUCGAUGGUGCUGAGAAAUUCAUGGUCACGGCACGUAAUCUCACCAAAGACACCAAUCCCGAGAAGGAUGUCUACACCCAGGUGGAGAUCGAUACCCUGUCCAAGGUGAUCGAUGAGACAAACGCAUGGCUGAAGACUGAGACCGCCGCCCAGAAGAAACUCAGCCGCAAUGCGGAUGUACGAUUGACCGUCAAGGAUAUUACCGAUAAGAUGGGUUUGCUGGAUCGCGAGGUCAAGUAUCUGGUCAACAAGAUUAAGAUCUGGAAACCCAAAGUGAAGCCUGACAAGGAGAAGAAGCCCAAGGAGACUGAAAGCGAUGAGGCAGCUGCGUCCCAGGACAGCAACAGCGGAAGUGGUGACAAUGCCGAGCAAGCAGAAGCACCUAACACCGAGCAGGAUCCGAAAUCACCUCAAACUCAGAACGAGAACGAGAAGAGGCAGGAAGAGGAUCAACAGGAGACGGUGACUCCUACGCCCACAGCUGAUGCCAAUACGCCACACAACGAGCUCUAAAUCAUGACAACAUCACUAGAAUAUCACCAGUAAAAGAGACAGCGAAAGAGAAGGCAAAGGAGAAGAAAAAAGAAAGAGACAGGGAACGCAGGAGAAUCGUUUUGAGUAGAGGGGCGGGGUUAGAAUGUUAGUGUUCGGAAUGCAUUGAGCAAUGCGGAUCAGUUGCUGUUUUUUUUGUACUACCAAAAGGGGCAAGGGGGCGGGGCAAUGUCAUCGAAAAUCAACAAUCUAUAAAUGAGGGAUUGAAGAACUGUUAAGGGAAGCUGGGGGUUGGGGGAAGUCUGAUCUGACACGCCCAUUGCAUUCCGUGCAUGUCAACAAACAAACAAACAACCAGAAGAAAAUAUAAAAAUUGCGUUCAAUGUAUUUUUUUAAAUUAUUAUUUUGUUCAUACUAGCUAAUGGCGGGGUUAAAUUAUGCUACUUUAAUCUUAAACUAAUGAAAUUUUUAUGAAAAUACAUACAUGAUAUAAAAUCAA